AUGUCUUUAGAUAUUAACUGGGAAGAAAUAAAAGAUGAUCCAAAUUUAGUUAUCUCUAUUAAAGAGAGUUUAAACGACUUCAUAGAAUCAAUCCAUCUACCAAGUUAUGUGAACAAUUUACAGAUUAAACAUUUAAACUUGGGUGAAACAGGCCCAAAUAUUAUUCUGCGACAAAUUACUGAUCCAUUAGAAGAUUUUUAUAAAGCUAUAAGAGACGAACAAGAUGUGGGGAACCCAGGCCAUCCGUCUUUAACCGGAUCAGCCUAUCAACAACAAACUUUAUCACCUAUAGAAGAUCCAAAUAAACAACCAUCCACAAGGGAGGAUGUUGCCAAGGCAGUACACGAUAUUCAAUGUCUUGCUGAACUCGAAUAUGUCGGUGACCUAUCGUUAACUUUAACCGCAUCUUUAACUUUGAAUUAUCCAAGUACCAAUUUUGUUACAUUGCCUAUCAAGUUGAAAAUCUCUGGCAUUCAGAUUCAUUCCCUAUGUUUACUGGCUUACCUGUCAAACCAAUUAUUUGUGAGUAUUUUAUGUGAUAUUAAUGAUCCAAUCAUUGAUAAUAGAGAAUUUUCAAAUGAUUCAUUUAACCCUAUAUUUGCAAAUAAAAAUUCGCUGGAAAGAAUCUCUAUAAUAAGAAACAUGAAAAUAGAAACCGAAAUAGGUCAAGAAUAUCAAGGUGAAGGGUCUGUUUUAAAAAGUAUCGGACAGCUAGAAGAACUUUUGCUAGAAAAAUUGAAAACUUUUCUACGGAAUGAAUUGGCUUGGCCUAACUGGCUGAAUUUGGACUUUAAUGACGAGUCCGAUUUAGAAGAAGAUCACCACUAG